AUGGCGGAUUCCGAAAGAACAUCAUCACUCAUAGAUUCCAGAAGCGGUUUCUGCAAAUCAAACUCUACAUUCUACAGCAAACGCAACCCACUGAAUCUCCCGCCAAAUCCUUCUCUUGACGUCACAACUUUCAUCUUCUCUCAGCCUCACCGCGGCACCACCGCCUUCAUCGACGCCGCCACAGGCCACCGCAUGAGCUUCUCCGAUCUCUGGAGAGCCGUCGAUCGAGUCACGGACUGCCUCCACCAUGAAAUCGGAAUUCGUAAAGGCGACGUCGUCCUCAUCCUCUCCCCAAACUCCAUCUACAUUCCCGUCGUCUACCUCUCCGUCAUGUCUCUCGGCGCCGUCGUCACCACCGCAAAUCCUCUAAACACCGCCGGUGAGAUCUCUAGACAGAUCGCUGACAGCAAGCCAACGGUCGCCUUCACAACUCCCGAUCUAGCUCCCAAACUCGCCGAUUCCGGUAUCUCGAUUGUCCUCGACGGCGCCGGAUCCAUUCCCGGAGUCAGAGUUGUCGGGAUUUUGAGCGAGAUGAUGAAUAAAAAACCGAGUGGGCGACGAGUCAGAGAACGAGUCAACCAGGUCGACACAGCGAUGCUGCUCUACUCAUCGGGAACCACAGGACCGAGCAAAGGAGUGAUCUCGUCUCACGGGAAUCUAACCGCUUACAUGGCGAGAAUGGUCGCUAGGAAAUCGAUGCAAGGCCAGAUCUUCCUCUGCACCGUUCCGAUGUUCCACACCUUCGGAUUAUUGACCUUCGCUAUGGGCACCGUAGCUUUGGGCUCCACGGUGGUGAUCCUCCGGAGAUUCGAGCUACACGAGAUGAUGGAGGCGGUGGAGAAGUACAGAGCCACGGUUCUGGCUUUGGCGCCGCCGGUUAUAGUGGCUAUGAUUAACAGAGCAGAUCUGAUCAAGGCCAAGUACGAUCUGAGCUCCCUGAGAACGGUGAGGUGCGGUGGAGCGCCGUUGAGUAAGGAGGUGACGGAGGGGUUUUUAGAGAAAUAUCCAACGGUUGAUAUAUGUUCAGGAUACGCGUUGACGGAAUCGAACGGUGGUGGAGCUUCAGUUGAGUCGGUGGAGGAGAGCCGGAGAUACGGUUCGGUGGGGUUGUUGUCGUCUGGUGUGGAAGCGAGGAUUGUGGAUCAGGAUACGGGUCGGGUCAUGGGUGUCAACCAAACGGGCGAGCUCUGGCUUAAAAGCCCAUCUAUUGCCAAAGGUUACUUUAGAAACGAAGAAGCUACAAAAGAAACGUUUAACGUGGAAGGAUGGCUAAAAACCGGAGAUCUCUGCUAUAUCGAUGACAAUGGAUUUCUUUUUGUUGUGGAUCGAUUAAAAGAGCUAAUAAAAUACAAAGGCUAUCAGGUGGCUCCAGCUGAACUAGAAGCUCUCCUAAUUACUCAUCCAGACAUUCUCGACGCCGCCGUAAUUCCGUUUCCUGAUAAAGAAGCAGGACAAUAUCCGAUGGCUUAUGUAGCACGAAAACGUGAGAGCAAACUCUCUGAGAAACAAGUUAUUGACUUCAUCUCUAAACAGGUGGCGCCGUAUAAGAAAAUAAGAAAGGUCGCUUUUAUAAACUCGAUACCAAAGACUGCAUCCGGCAAGACACUUCGUAAAGACCUAAUCAAACUGGCCACUUCUAAACUCUGA